UUAAUGAUGAUAAUAAUAACGAAAGUGAUAUUAAGCACUAAUCAAUCAACGCCAAACAACGAGACCGGAAGCGGAAGAACCCGCCCCCGCCCUGCUUCCAGCCAAUAGCGAGUGGGAGUGAGGAAAGCGCAGCCAAUCGCUGCAGGCAGGGGGCGGGAGGAGCGUUUCUUAAAGUGGCAACGUUGAUGUGGCCCACCUUAAAGCGGAAAGGCUCCUCCCCGUUCCUCGCGUCACGGAGCGGGGGCGUGGCGCGCUGUAUGCAAAUGAGAUGCUAAUGUGGGAGGAAGCGUGUUUGGAGGGGAGCAGCGAAGGGUGCUGGAGAGGGUUCCCCACGUGCCUCACCACAUCCCACACCGUGUCACCUCCUCAUCACCACACGACCUCUCCUGGUGUCCCCUCCUGUCCUCGAUGGCAUCCCCGGUGCCUCGCCGCGUGCGCCUGCGCCCAUGGUUGGUGGCCCAGGUGGACAGCGGGCGUUUCCCAGGGCUGCACUGGGUGGAUGCACAGCGCCGGCUCUUUGUGGUCCCAUGGCACCACGCCACCCGGCACUUCCCGGCACACAGCGGCGAUGAUGACACCGUCUUCAAGGCAUGGGCAGCAGAGACAGGGAAGUUCCUUGCGGGGCGGGAUGAGCCGGAUCCUGCCAAGUGGAAGGCGACGCUGCGCUGUGCCCUCAACAAGAGCCGCGAAUUCCGCCUGCGCUACGAUGGCACCCGCGCUGUGCCCCCCCGGCCCUAUAAAGUGUACGAGGUCUGUGGGGCCGACGGAGCAGACACAGUGACCGGGGAUGAUUUCAGCUGCGGUGGGGAGGAAGAGGAGGAGGAAGAGGAUGUCAGCGAGCUGCAGAAACUGACGUCUCUGAGUAUCAAAGACUGUGGAAUGGACCCAGUGCCCCCCUGGCAUGAGGAGCACCCCCCGUUCAGCAACGCCGACUCCACAGUGCCCUUCAUGCCCCCUGAGCUGCCCCCUGAGCUGACCCCACAGCUACCCCCUGAGCUGAACCCACAGCUGACCCAACAGCUGACCCCACAGCUGCCCCCACAGCUGCCUCCCCCAGGCCCCCCAGCACUCCUGGAACAUGGUGUCCCCAAUCUGCUGGCCAGCCCUCACCUGCUGCCCCUGACGGACCUGGAGCUGCGCUUCCAGUACCGCGGGCGGCGGGUGAGCGCCCUGACCAUCAGCCACCCCCUGGGCUGCCGUCUGUCCCACGGGGGGUCUCUGCCCCCCACCCCACAGCGCCCUGACCUGCUGGGACACCCCGAGCUCCAGCAGGUCCCCUUCCCUGACCCCGAGGGGAUCCCGCACGACAAGCAGCGUCGCUACACCCGCACUUUGUUGGGGGCCAUGGAGCGGGGGCUUCUCCUGGAGCUGGGGGGGCAGGACCUCUAUGCCACCCGCCUCUGUCGCUGCAAAGUGUUUUGGGAUGGGCCCUGCGCACCACCCCAGGACCCCCACCUUGACCCCCGGCCCAACCCCAUGGAGAGAGAGAGGAGGGUCCAAGUGUUCAGCCUCCAGCGGUUCCUUGAUGGGCUUAUCCUGUUCCAGAAGGGGCAGAGCCCAACACCACCGCCCUUCGAGGUCUUCCUGUGCUUUGGGGAGGAGUGGCCCGACCACAGACCCAGGGAGAAGAAGCUCAUCACUGUACAGGUGGUGCCGGUGGCGGCACGGCUGCUGCUGGAGCUGUUCUCAGGGGAGCUGUCGUGGUCGGCUGACAGCGUCCCACUGCAGAUCUCACAGCCUGACCUCAAGGAUGCUCUGGUGGAGCAGUUCAAGGAGCUGCACCGUCUGUGGCAGCAGCAGCAGCGCCCGGAACCUGGCCCACGGCCCCCGCUGUGACACGGGGAUGGGGAGAAAAUGGGGUGUGUGGUCCUUCCCGGGGGGCAAGGAAGUUUUGGGGGCAUUCUUGGUGCUAUGGGGAUGGUGGAGCUCUGGGGACAGCUGGAGAACCACAUCUGGAGCACCACCAGACCUAGAACAGUGCCGUAAUCAGAGCGCUAACUCUCCUGGAGCACAUCUAGAACACAUUUAGUGCACCAGACCUAGGACAUUGCUGUACCAGGACUAUGGCUGCUCCUGGAGCACAUCUGUAAAACCACAUCUGGAGCACCACCUGACCUACAGCAUUGCUGUACCCAGAGCGCUGCCUCUUCUGGAGCACAUCUGGAACACACCUGGAGCACCACUACACCUAGAACAUUGACAUGCCCAGAGCAUUGCUGCUCCUGGAACACACCUGGAGCACCAUCUGACCCAGAGCAUUGCCAUACCUGUCUGUUGCUGCUCCAGGAGCACAUCUGGAAAACACAUCUGGAGCACCACCUGACCCAGAACACUUCCACACCUGGAUCUUCACUGCUCCUGGAGCACCAUAUUAAAAAAAACAAGUCACACUUGGAGCACAUCUGGAGCCCCACCAUCCGUAGAACAUCACCAUACCGGGACCACAGUUCCUCCUGGAGUGCCACAUCUGGAACACAACACCUGGAGCACAUCUGGAGCCCCACCAUCCAUAGAACAUCACCAUACUGGGACUGCAGCUCCUCCUGGAUCACAUCUGGAACACACAUCUGGAACCACCCCACCUCGACCUUCCCCCCCCCAAGAAGCAGACAGGACCACCAUGGGCUGGUUGGUUUUUUUUUUGUUUUUUUUUUGUUUUUGUUUUUUUAACUGAUAUAUUUUUUUUUCCAUUUUUGCAUCUUUUUUUUUUGUUUGUUUUGUUUUUUUGUUUUUUUGUUUUUUUUUUAUUGUUCUCAAGAUGGCUACAACACCAGACGGAACCGCACACCCGGCCCCGGUUCCGUCCCUGCACUCGCACGGCCAAACCCCCCACCCCAACCCUGUGCUCUUCCCCUCAAAAAAAAAAA